UCGCUUGAGAUUUCAUUACGAAGCCCCACCCAACUUGGAGUUUGUGGUAUAUAAAACGAUCCUCGAGGUAGGACAAAGCAUCAGUUUCUUCCCGAGACUUCAACAAGAUCAACAUGGUUGCUAAGGUCGCUAUCGCUCUCUUGGGCUUAGUUGCCCUCGUGGCUGCCGACAGCUUCGAAAGCUUCGAAAGAUACUCCCGCCCAAGGUUCUCCUCAGGAUCCGCCGAAUCCUUCGAGUCCGGCGAGGCUCGUUACAACUUCAACUGGGCCGUCAACCACGCCCCCUCCCGCAACGACUUCGGACACCAGGAGCAACGCAAUGAAGACGAGACUCAGGGAUCCUACUACGUCCAGCUCCCCGACGGCCGCCUGCAGAAGGUCGCCUACCGCGUCGAUGGUGACGACGGAUACAUCGCCGAGGUCACCUACUCCGGUGAGGCUCAGUUCCCCGACUCCUUCGAAUCCUACGAGUCCCGUGAGGCUCCCAGGAGGUUCUACUAUGGCUCCAACGAGUCCAAGUAAUCCCGAGACCGAGUUCCUCGCAAGGACACGAGCAAAACCUCAUCUUCUGAUCAGCUUGCAGUUCAAAUGACCUGUAUUAAGGUCAAAACUAAUAUUUAAUUUAUCAUUUAUUAAAAAGGCAAAUGAA